UGCGGUACCGACAACAUGUACGUAACUGGAGUUACCCUAACGUGUACUGGUGUGCUCACUCUCCUGCUGACAGUUGGACUCGGAAUAUUUAUCAGUCGGUAUGGCAGACUGCCUUGUAUCAAAAGAAAGCAUCUAAACCCCGGAGAAUUUCAGAUGGAGCAACUUUCAGAACAAGCUGUGGCACCUACUGAAGAGGAGGAACGAUCGUCGUAUGAACAACUCGAUAUGAAUGCAAUUGCCAAGCCGUCCCUGUACUCUGAAUUCAGAAGUCGUCCUCAAGGUCACCAGAAAGAUACAGUCAGUGACAACGAGUUCGAGUCUUUUGAGGGUCGGUCUGAAUCAAACGUGUAUGAUGAGCCCCACGGUGCAAAGUCUGGUAGGAAAGCAUUAUACGUCAAUACAGUCAUCGCUGGUUAUCGCAACUAGAUCAAUUUCUGCUGCGAAGAAACGUGAUCACAGAAAGCAACCCGAGGAAACUUGAUUGAAUACAGUAAAGAAUCAAAAUGAUUUGAUUUAGAUACCCUCAUAUCGAUCGUAGAUUUGUUUGUGUUAUCAAUGAUACAAUUAAUACGUGACCCA